GCGCGCAUGCGCACUGCCGCUCCUCCUGUCAAACAUGGCUGUUCUCUGGAAGGGGGGAAAAUGCUGAAUUGUGUUGGUAUAUCUCGGGAAGAUCAGCAGACAUGGCUAGGUUGGCUGACUAUUUCACCGUCGUCGGAUACGACCAUGAGAAGGCUGGUUCAGGAGAAGGAUGUGGGAAGAUUAUUCAGCGUUUUCCCAAGAAGGAUUGGGAGGGAACGGCUUUUCCUCAAGGAGUGGAGAUGUUUUGCCAACCUGGAGGUUGGAGGCUGUCUCGAGAAAGGAAAGCACCCACUUUCUUCACCGUUGUGCUGACAGACAUCGAUUCAGACCGCCACUACUGCGCCUGCCUCACAUUCUACGAGGCUGAAGUGAACUUGCAGGGCUCCAAAAGCAUUGAGGCUGAUGGAGAUGAAGAUGAGGAGGAAGAGGAGGAUGGUCUGAUCCAGCCAGCUCAAAUCUUUGCACCAAAAAGUCUCAUCCUCGUGUCCAGACUGGAUUAUCCUGAAAUAUUCCGGGGAUGCCUGGGACUGAUCUACACUGUGCAUAUUGACAGCCUGAACUUCUCUUUGGAGAGCCUGGUGGCCAGUCUCUUUACCUUUCAGGUUCCUGUUGCAGGUGGAUCUCAGAAACUGUUCAGCCUGGGAGCAGGAGAUCGGCAGCUCAUCCAAACGCCUCUGAACGACACCUUACCCGUCACCUUUAAGAGUGUUGCCCUGCUCUUCCAGCAGCUCGGGAUCCAAAAUGUUCUCAGCCUGUUUUGUGCGGUUCUGACAGAACACAAGGUUUUGUUUUACUCCAGCAGCUACCAGAGGCUGGGAGAAGCAUGCCGUGCCCUGGAAGCCCUCAUGUUUCCUCUGAGAUACAGUUACCCAUACAUUCCUAUUCUACCUUCCCGGCUGCUGGAGGUGUUGAGCUCACCCACACCUUUCAUCAUUGGAGUGCACUCCAUCUUUCAGAGUGAAAUCCAGGAUCUGCUGGAUGUAAUUAUUGCUGACCUGGAUGGAGGGACUAUAAAGAUUCCUGAGUGCAUCCACCUGUCUUUACUCCCUGAACCUCUUUUGCAGCAAACACAGUCUAUUCUGUCACUGGUGCUGCACCCUGAUUUGGAGAUUGCAGACAAUGCCUUCCCUCCUCCACGCACAGCCUCCUCCAACCUCAAACUCCUGGACAAAGAGGUGAGGGCCGUCUUUCUCAGGCUGUUUGCACAACUCUUCCAGGGCUACAGGUCUUGCCUGCAGCUCAUCCGAAUCCACUCAGAGCCCGUUAUCCACUUUCACAAGACAGCCUUCUUGGGCCAGCGAGGCCUCAUUGAGAACGAUUUUCUGACCAAGGUUUUGGAUGGCAUGGCCUUUGCUGGCUUCGUUUCAGAGAGGGGUCCGCCUUACAGAGCCUGCGAUCUCUUUGACGAGCUGGUGGCCUUAGAUUUUGAGAGCUUUAAGGAAGAGGAAGCAAACCCCAGCAAGCUGCAGAAGCACAUCAGGGAGCUCUCAGAGCAGCUCUACAGAAACGAGAAUCCGAACCCUCACAUGGCGUUCCAGAAAGUGCCUCGGCCAUCUGAAGGAUCCCACCUGCGUGUGCAUCAGGUACCCUUCCCGCUGCUCGACGAUGAAAAGGUGGAGAAGAUGCUGCAUGAGGGUGUGGCGAAACACAGCACCACUCCUGUUUCUCCUCGAUCGGAGAAGAAGUGUGUUGUUCCUGCUGGACCACCUGUUGUGUCCAUCAUGGGCAAAUGUGGCUCCGUGUUUAACAGCGCUCGCAGGCUGGAGGUGGUGAAGAGCUGCAUUUCCUUUAUCUUUGAUAACAAGACCCUGGAGACUGAAAAGACCCUACCUGCUGCCCUGCGUGCCCUGAAGGGAAAGGCAGCUCGUCAGUGUCUGACGGAGGAGCUUAGUGUCCAUGUACAGCAGAAUCGAGCCAUACUGGACCACCAACAGUUUGACUACAUCGUUCGAAUGAUGAACUGCGCCCUUCAGGACUGCUCUACCUCAGAGGAGUUUACAGUAGCUGCUGCCCUGCUGCCAUUGUCAACAGCCUAUUACAGGAGACUGGCUGCUGGAGUGAACCAGUUUGCCUACACCUGCAUACAGGACCAUCCAAUCUGGACCAACCAGCAGUUCUGGGAAACCACUUUCUACAGUGAAGUCCAGGGUCAGAUCCGGACACUCUAUUUAAACACCCCAGAAGAAAAGAGAGCCAUCACCACCAUCCCCAAGCAGGAUGUGGACCCCCCGUACCCUGCAGGUAAAGACGAAGAACAGACAGCCAUGGACCUGGCUGCCGAGCAGCUGCGCCUCUGGCCCAGUCUAAGUAAGGAAAAGCAGCAGGAGCUGGUAAAGAACGAGGAGAACACCGUGUUUAGCCAGGCCAUCCACUACGCCAACCUCAUGGUUUACCUGUUGGUUCCUCUGGACACCAGCAAGAACAAACUGCUGCGCAACGCACCGGUCACCGACUGGGAGAGCGGCAGCAACAGCAUUGUGACAAACAGCAUCGCUGGUAGCAUGGCGGAGAGCUUCGAUACAGAGAGUGGGUUUGAGGACUCUGAGAGCAGCGACACUGCAAACUCUGUGGUCAGAUUCGUUGCUCGAUUCAUCGACAAGGUGUGCACAGAGAGCGGAGUCACCCAGGAGCACAUCAAGAGCCUGCACUGCAUGAUCCCAGGAAUCGUAGCAAUGCAGAUGGAGGCUUUAGAGGCAGUUCACAGGGAGAGCAGGAGAUUGCCCCCGAUUCAGAAGCCAAAGAUUCUCCGUCCAGCUCUGCUUCCUGGGGAGGAGGUGGUGUCAGAAGGACUGCGGGUGCUGCUGGACCCUGAUGGCAGGGAAGAGGCCACGGGAGGGCUCCUUGGGGGCCCCCACAUCCUACCAGCAGAGGGGGCUCUGUUCCUCACCACAUACCGCAUUAUCUUCAAAGGCAUUCCCCAUGAUCCAUUAGUGGGGGAGCAGGCGGUCAUCAGGGCGUUCCCCGUGUCCACACUGACCAAAGAGAAGAAAAUCAGCAUCCAGAACCAGCUUCAGCAAAACAUGCAGGAAGGCCUGCAGCUCCGCUCCGCAUCAUUUCAGUUAAUAAAAGUAGCUUUUGAUGAGGAGGUCAGCUCGGAGAUGGUGGAGAUCUUCAGGAAGCACCUGCAGAGAAUCCGCUACCCACAGUCCAUCUUCAGCUCCUUCGCUUUUGCAGCAGGACAAACAGCUCCUCAGCUGAACCUUCCCAAACCCAAAGAGAGAAACACUGGCUUUAGAACACUGUCUAAAACUAUUGUUAAAGGAGCGAAGAGAGCAGGAAAGAUCACCAUGGGCCGCGGUAGUCAGAGCUCACUGAAGAAGAUGGACAGAGGCAGCCGGACGACCUGGCAUGAAGACGAUGACAUUUCAAUAUCUGAUGAUGGUGAACCACCACCCAGCAGCACGUUGAGAGCCUCGGAGAAGUCCACCAUGGAGCAGCUGGUGGAGCAGUCCUGUUUCCGGGACUAUCAGCGCCUGGGUCUGGGCACCAUCACCAUCAGCCUAUCUCGUUCCAAAGCAGGCGAGCAGUUCAGGAUCACAGCCGUAAACAGACUCUACUCUCUCUGCCGCAGCUACCCCGGGCUACUGGUUGUUCCUCAGGCCGUGCAGGACAGCAGUUUACACAAAGUGGCUCGCUGCUACAGGCACAACCGUCUGCCUGUUGUGUGUUGGAAACAUCCACGGACCAGAGCUGUGUUAAUGCGCUCAGGAGGCUUCCACAGCAAGAGUGUGGUGGGACUGUUCAAGUCCCAGAAUACUUCCUCAGCAUCACCGGCUUCUUCCUCAGAUUCAUCCAGUAGUCUUGAACAGGAGAAAUAUCUUCAAGCCAUCCUCGACUCCAUCCCCAUUUACUUCAAAACCAAUGGCACCAACACCCUGUCCAACCGCUCCCUCAUCGGCCUUUCACCACGCAGUGAAAGAAGAACGUCGCGGUUAUCCAAGAUGGCUCCCGUCCACUUAGAUAUCUCAUUCUCAAACAGCUUCACGAGAGGAGUGCUUGAGUACAGAGACAAACUAUUUGCUCCCUCAAACCAAAAACCUGCCAGUAAGGAAAGAGCCCACAACCAAGGCAUGUGGGCCAGUCUCCGCUCAAGCAGCAGGUCAUCUCAGCAUCUAUCACAGGGCGACUUGGGCACCAGACAGGCAGGGAAGAAUCUGGCGCCCCCUGCAGGAAGCAUCAGUCUGCAGGCUCAACUGCGGAAGCAUCAGGCUGCUUUUUACAUCUUUGGAGAAAAGUCAAAUCUGCGGGGGCUCAGACUGGACUCCUCACUGAGCUGUGAGCUGGUGCCUGUGGAGUUUGUAGAUGCUCGUCAGGUUAAGGCUGCGUUCAAAAAGCUGCUGACGGCCUGCGCCCCCAGUGCCCCCUUGACCGACUCGGAGGACUCCUUCCUCAAAGCCCUGGAGGACUCUGAGUGGAUGCUGCAGCUUCACAAGAUCCUGCAGCUGGCCUUAUCUCUGGUAGAGCUUCUGGACAGCGGCUCAUCUGUUCUGCUCAGUCUGGAGGACGGCUGGGACAUCACCACACAAGUUGUUUCGUUGGUCCAGUUGCUGAGCGAUCCCUUCUAUCGCACCCUGGAAGGUUUUCAGGUGCUCCUGGAGAAAGAGUGGCUUUCAUUUGGCCAUAAAUUCAGCCAGAGGAGCAAUCUGAGUCCAAGCAGCCAGGGCAGUGGCUUCACUCCUAUUUUCCUGCAGUUCCUCGAUUGCGUGCACCAGAUUCUCGACCAACAUCCUCUUGAGUUUGAGUUUAAUCAGUAUUAUAUAAAGUUCCUGGCCUAUCACCACAACUCCAACCGCUUCAAGAACUUCCUGCUGGACUCAGACUAUGAACGUUUGGAGCAUGGGUUGCUUUUUGAGGACAGAGGAGACAAGCAGGCCCGGAGAGGCAUCUGUAUCUGGGACUGCAUCAACAGGAUGCACCGGAGGAGCCCCAUCUUCUUCAACUACCUGUACAGCCCCUCAGAGACGGACGUGGUCCUGAAGCCUUUCCUCAGCAUCCCCAGCCUGAUUAAAUGGGACUAUUUCACAGAGGAAACUCUGUCAACGGGUCCAUGUUACGACUGGAGGAUGAUGGCGGUGAGGUCAGAGAGCACGGAGGAAGUGGACGCCAACAGCAAGAGGAGGAUCGUAUGGCCGUGUUACAGCAGCGUGAGCAGUGCCCAGCCGGACGCCAUCACCAAACUUCUCUCUGACAUCGAGAGGCUGGAGGGAGAGCUAAACCAGGGCCCUGAGAAAUGGCAGGCGACCCUGGAGAACGUCCGUCUCAGCAUACAGGAAGAUCUCAAACGGGAAGGAAAUCUCCGUAAGCAGUCGCUGUCCCUCUCUGGCAUCAUUCCCACAUCCGGCCUGCAGGCCUUCCAGCGCCGCUCCAUGCUGCACCUGCCAGACAGCGGCCUGGUGGACGACCACAGCACAACCACAGCCAACGGGGUCAACCGCCGCGCCGCAACGCUUUACAACCAGUUCACCCCCAAGAGCGAGGAGAACAGGUCUUAUGAGGGGAUUCUUUACAAACGCGGGGCUCUACUGAAAGCCUGGAAGCCUCGCUGGUUUGUUCUGGACGUCACCAAACACCAGCUCCGAUACUACGACACUGGCGAGGACACGAACUGCAGGGGCCACAUCGACCUGGCCGACGUGGAGUCUGUGAUGACGGCGGCGCCCACCAUAGGAGCCCCCAAACACAUUAGUGAAAAGGCUUUCUUUGACCUGAAAACUAUCAAGAGAGUCUACAACUUCUGUGCUUCCGAUGCGCCCAGCGCUCAGGUGUGGACGGACAAGAUCCAGAGCUGCAUAUCUGACGCCUGAGCUCCGUGGUUACAUGGCACAUGGCCGUCAUAGUGUGGCUGAGAGCUGAAACAUGACAGCAGCUCUGUUUGGUCUUCAGGUGUUUUUAAUUAAGC